UUCCUGUGUGCAGCAUUGAUGGGGAAAGCCCACCCAGGCCAGUAAAUUCAUCUUGGGGAAACUUAAAUCAGCUGUGUCAUCCAUUUCAUGCUCUCUUCUUGUUUUUCCGUAAGCUGUUCUAGGAGGAAUGGAUGGCCGGACUGGCAAAAAAAGAAGUGAAUAAAUAAUGGGAAACGAAGCAUUUGUAGCAGCGGUGGCCGUUUGGCAGCAGCGCAGAGAGCAAGACUCAAGACUUUGAAACAGGCAGCUAUGAAGUCAGAAGACAGCCAGGCGUUCUCGCAUGCGACGGGAGGCCUGCUGCUUUGCAUACUAGCGGUGGCUUCGGGAAUAUUGGAUGGCGCUCACACGGAUACUGGCUACGAGCAUUACGCUGAGCCAACAGUGCCUGGAAUGCCAGCCUUCCUUGCCAUGCCAGCCAAUUGCUUAAUCAAUUUGGCCUACGUACUUCUGGGUUGGUAUUGGUGGCGAGCGGGUGACAAGAGCAGGCAGGCCUACUUUCAAGAGAUCUUUGCCCUCAUGGCGCUUUUUUACGGGCCUACGCAAUGGGUUCGGCUCUGGACGCAGCAUCACCGGGCCGCUGUGUUAGAUCAGUUGUUAACGCUACCAAUUUUUGCUUGGGUCAUUGCUUGGUGCCUCUUUCUUGAAAAUGGGUGGGAGCCGUACGUUUUCCUAGCCGUAGAAGUGACUUCACUGUCUAGUUACGUCCUGGCAGUGCUUCACCCACAGGGUUUUGAGUUGGCACUGAGCGGACAUAUAAUUGUUGUUUUUUGGAGAGUGUUGAAAGUGCAAAGACGUUUUGGCAACGCCAGUUCCAUCUGGAUUAUAGUUCUGGGGACGAUGUGUUGCUUUGGUUUUGUUAGCCUCAAAGUGUGGGAUCGGGAACUGGCGCAGUGGGCAUUCUUCUCUCGACUCACUGGUCAUUUUUGGUCCAAGGUGUGCGAUGUGCUGCAGUUCCACUGUGCUUUUCUCUUCCUUACCUUAAUGAGCAGACGCCGGCUAAGCUCAGCGAAAUAAUCUAAGACAUCAAUCAACAGACUUAAUCAAAGGAGAAACUUGUAACAAUACAAGAACAUACGGUAAUGUGGUUUGAAAGAAUUAAAAACUCUUGCUAAAAUAUGCCAGUUUCUUCAAAAAGGUAUUGAAGAUAGUUGGUGAAAUCCACACAGCAUCCACUCAAGUUUAUUUCCUGUUGAAUAUAACGCUGUUUUAUAAAACCACAUAGGGGAGAAAAAAGUUGCUGGUUUAGGUUCCACCACAAAUCUGCGAAGCCUUAUCCGCGGAGACAUAAGCGCGAAGACUAAUUCGCGCCAUUCGAAG